CAGUUGAAUUUUUAAGACCUGAAUAUUUCUCCUCGCUUGGUAUCCACAACAUCAACAGUCAAAUCAAUAAGGUUUGAUUUUUGGAAAGCAGAGUUGUUGUGCUCAGCAAAUUUCUUAAUAACGUCAUACACCAUCUUCUUUAGCAUUGGAGUGGAGUCAUCUCAGUUGUGUAGAUAUUCUAAGAACUCUUUAACGUUCUGUUGACAUUCAUGAUCAACAUCUGGUUGAUAAAUCAGCUUCAUAGUCUGCACGAAGAUGCUUCUAGAUUCCUCAAUGAACUUCUUCUGCAUAUGUUCAUUGGUAUAGAUCUUUUUCAAAAUCUCAAUGGUUGUAUUACUAAAUUCUCUGCUUCACAAAGAGAUAAAGAAGUACUUUUUAAGAGAAGAAAAUAUAACCAGCCAUUUUUCAAUAUCUUCCUUAAAGAACUCUUGUUGGAGGCAUGCCUCGAAUAUUUCAAUGUAAGCCCAUUCAAAGCUCUCUAGUCCGCUAUCUUUUAUGAACUUUUCAAGGCUCUGAGCAAUGUAGAGAGGGUUCCAUUCCAGUGGAGCUCCAUAAGUACGAUAUUUCUCAGUUGAAGAUCCUGAGACGUACACUUCUUCAUCCGUUCCAGGAAGAGGAUUACAGUCAACAACUGAUGUUCUGAUGUUGUCAGGAACUGAUAGCAGAAUCUGAAGGUAUAGGUCUGUGAAUUCAGGAUAGAAGUUUAAGAUUUUAGCCAAGUAGAUCAGUCCUAUCUUCAAAGUAGCCUUUGGAGCCUCUACUCUGAAAAUAGCUUCGAUCAUUCUGAACAACAGAGGAGUGUACUCCUCAAGAAUCCUUGUCAGCGUGUCUUGCUGAGUCAGUGUUUUCUGGUCUUCAGGAAUGGGAUCUUGACUGCCAGUACCAGGAUUUUCUAUUUCUUGAUCUUUGUUUUCCUCUAUAAUCUGACCUUCUGCUUCGGGCUGCUUCGUUUCUUCUAUAGGCUCUUGCUGAGAAUGGCCUUCGGCUGCGAUAGCUUCUUGGUUUAUGAGUUCUUGUGGUUCUUGACCUUUGAAGUCUUCUGCCUCUUCUCCUCCCAUUUCAAUGUUGGAAACUUCUUGAGUGCCAUCUUCUAAAGUAUUGAACUUUGUGAGAAUAUUAGCUCAAAGAAUCAGGAUCUGGCCUUUCAUCUCCCAGUAUUGAUCAUGCACCAAUGGUUCAAUCGACGGCAGCAAGUUCAGGACAACUUCAGCGUUUACUUUAGACAAGUAAGAUAACACGGUGAUGCAUUUUGUUCUAGUAAUUGGUGAAGUGCUCAUUAAGCCGUAAGCAGCACUCUUGUAAUAAAACUCGUAUAGAUCAGGGUCUAAAUCAUCUCCGUUCGUUUCCUCGUACACGAAUAGCUUGGACAUGCAGUAGUAAAAUACAUUGGGGUUAGUAAUCUUUUCUUUGAGUCUGUUCAACACUCUCAAAUGAGAGUUAACAGUCUGUGACACGAAGCAGUAGAACAACAGCAUCAUUUCGUUCCGCUUGAAUUCGUUGGACUCGACAAUUGCAAUCAAGUCAUCAAUUGUAUACUCCAAGAAGUACAGCUCUGUCUGAACUGGAUCAGUAUUCAGUAACUUGUUUCCAAUCGUAGCCAAGGUCUCAACCACAAGUAGGAAGAUGUUCUUGGUUUUGGAGCUCUCUACAGACUCUACCACGUUCAGAGGAUUCAACUCAGCCAGACAUUUGCAGAUGAAUUCUGAGAGAUCACAGAACUCACAUAAAUUUUUGCUUAAAAUAGCUACGAAUUCAUCAACUCUAUCAUUAAGCUCACUAAAGAUCUCAUGAAGAAGGUCAUCAGGGAUAUGCUUUAAUCUCUCUGUGAAAUAAGAUAGGAUUCUGUGGUAAUUUUCCUUAAAUAUUUUGUAUUCUGGAUCUCCUUUUGACAUCUUUGAGUCGAUAUUUUUACUCAAAAUAUCUAUAAGUACACUUUCUAGUUUCAUAUCAUCAGAGUCAUCAAGAUCCUGGAAUGCUUGAGUUGGGUCUUUCUUUGCUGCAGCUUCUUGUCUCAUAAUUCUUAUAGAUUUAUUGGCAGUUUUAACUUGAACCUCUUUUACGUUUUCUGGAGAAAUAUUUUGAUCCUCAUUUUCUGUCCUAUUCAUCUCAUGCUGACUUGCUCCAUCUCUUUCGCUAAUCUUACUCUUUCUCUUUAAUUGUGAUAAAGCUUUAGCAUUAGCCAUCUGGGUUAAUCUAGCUUUUGGAAAUCCCAUUUUAGAUCUAUUUAGCCUAUUUGUUCUCAGCAUAUCAUUAUGAUCAGUCAUCAUUGUAGUAGCCAUAUCGUUCUUUGUCUUUUCAUCUGCCACUCUCUGGAUUUCAUGAUCUUUCACUUUGGCUGAGAUAGUUGGUUUAGCAUAAUCUGGCGUUUCUUCUUCAAAUUCAAUACCUAGAUUUCAGAAAAUUGUACUUACCAGUUGGCUUCACUGUCUCAGCAACCUCUUUGCCAUCAUUCAAAAUGCUGUAAACCUUCAACAGUAAAUUAUAAGCAGCACCUGGUGCCAUGUGCAUAACAGGGUCCUAUAGUCAUCAAAGCCAAUAGGUAUCUUAUUCUUAUUAAAGAAUCUCUGAAGGAAUUCCCAAUUAUUCUGCUUAAUAGCCAGCUUAAUCCCAUUAUCAACAGUGUACAUCUCUAUUUUAUCAGGGAAGUACCUGUUGAAUAUCUCUGCGAACACAUAGCCAUUGGAUAAGUCUCUCUUAGGAUUAACUAUUUUGUAGCUCAAGUUCAAAGAGGUCAGCCACAAGUGCAGUUCUCUAGGAAGUCCAG